CUGGCUAUGGCGCUAGGUUUAGGGCUAGGGUUUUAUCGAUGCUGAGGACUUAGGGAAUGGCAGCUCUGGUUGGGAUGGAGGAGGAAGCGGAAGCGCCGUCGGCGGAGCUCGACGCGGAGGCUACGGGGCUGGAUGAUCCGGAUGAGCCGCCUCCCCCGCUGGAGCUGGACGAUUUGGCGGUAGGCAGUGACGAGAAUGCGGAGCUCCUCAAUGGCUCCUCGAUGUAUUUUGAGAAGGGGGGAGGCAUUCCCGUCGAUCCCGUGGUCACGAAUCUCAGUGAGGACCUCGGGGAUAUGCGCGACCUGGAUUUCAAGGAGCCGCUGAGGAGCAAUGGCAGCAAUGGACGGCUUCUUUCGCUCAGCCCCAGCCUUAGCGGCGGCGGCGGCUCCAUGCAGAUGUUUGACAGCAGCGGGGAGGACGGCGGCAGCUGCCGGAAGCGGAAGAAUCGAGUGCUUUUGCCGCUCGAGGUAGGGACGAAGCUGACUUGUAGAUGGAGGGACGAUAAGUAUCAUCCAGUGACGAUCAUAGAGCGCAAGAAGGUGAACGAUGAGUACCACUACUACGUUCACUACUCAGAGUUUAAUCGGAGGCUAGACGAAUGGGUUAAACUCGACCAGCUUAACCUUGAUGCCACCGAAGCUGAUGCUGUAGAGAAAGUUGAAGAUAAGGGGUUGAAGAUGACUAGACAUCAGAAGCGCAAGAUUGACGAAACUCAUGUUGAGGAGGGGCACGAAGAUUUUGAUGCAGCUAGUCUCCGGGAGCACGAGGAGAUAACUAAAGUCAAGAACAUCGGAAAAAUAGAACUUGGAAGAUAUGAGAUUGAUACAUGGUAUUUCUCUCCAUUCCCUCCAGAGUACAGUGACUGCAACAAACUCUUCUUCUGCGAGUUUUGUCUUGCUUUCGUCAAACGUAAAGAGCAGCUCCAAAGGCACAUGAGAAAAUGCGACCUGAAGCAUCCUCCCGGUGACGAAAUCUAUCGCAAUGGAUCUUUGUCAAUGUUUGAGGUGGAUGGGAGAAAGAACAAAGUUUACUCGCAAAACCUUUGCUAUCUAGCAAAGCUUUUUCUGGACCACAAGACCUUGUAUUAUGAUGUAGACCUCUUUCUAUUUUACAUUCUUUGCGAAUGUGACGAUCGAGGAUGCCACAUGGUUGGCUACUUCUCAAAGGAAAAACACUCUGAAGAAGGUUACAAUUUGGCGUGCAUUUUGACACUGCCGCCUUACCAACGGAAAGGAUACGGCAAAUUUUUAAUUGCAUUCUCAUACGAACUUUCGAAAAAAGAAACCAAAGUCGGGACACCGGAGCGGCCAUUGUCGGAUCUCGGACUCCUGAGCUACAGGGGAUACUGGACGAGGGUCCUACUCGACAUCUUGAAGAAGCAUCGGGGAAAUGUGUCCAUUAAGGAGCUAACUGAUAUGACAGCAAUUCGAAGUGAAGAUGUCAUCAACACGCUACAGCAGCUAGAGCUGAUCCAGUACCGGAAGGGGCAGUACGUGAUCUGCGCGGACCCCAAACUCCUGGACCGGCACCUCAAGGCGGCUGGACGCUCGGGGCUAGAAGUGGACCCUUCGAAGCUAAUCUGGACACCAUAUAAGGAGCAGGAAGAUGGAAGCCUCAUGAAAACUUAUAGUUCGAAAAAGGCCGCGCAUAAGGCUUCAGGUGUAUAAAAGAGUAUCCGGGAAAAAGAGGUCUUUGGCUCGUGCCUCGUGAGCUCAUAUCCCUUUUUGAUGCACAUAGUUCUCCUUGGGCUAAUGUCACUGGUUUUUUUUUUUUUUUUUUCUCCUUCUAUCUCCUCUUUCUGCCUUGUGGCUUUUUAAGUUUGACUUCCAGAGCUCGGGCCUUUUGAAGUGGAUCGUCCUCGACUCGCCACGAUUCACUGGAGGUAAGUGGAGGACGAAAGUUUUCGUUAGUCUAUUUAAGCUGUUGAAAUUAAUCGUCGGUGUGGUUUCGCUUUUAUCAGGAUAAAGAAUGCUUCGAAAGGACUGUUCUUCGAGAACCUCUAGCUUACCUUCUUCUCUCGGCUUGAGCGCUAUUCACUUUUGUUUUCGGGGUAACUAAUGCCUCUUGUUAGCGGCACAAUUGUUCUGCCUGAGGUGAAUUGAGUGUUUCCAGGUCUAUAGAUGCAUCAUCAAGAUCAUCAAGUCACGCUUGGUUGAGCAUAUAAUGAAGAUAGUGUUGUUUGUGCCAAGUCCUAUAUCAUAUUUUUCUUACAAAUCAUGGCACUUUCCUAUUCAAAUACAUCUCCGGUAUAAAUUUC